UUUAACUGUAAGCUACUCGUUCGGCCAGACGCAAGCUAACACAGCUUUAACUAUAAGCUACUCGUUUGGUCAAACAAUGGCGGUUUCUAAUAUAUAAGGACCACUGACCCUACAUAGCACAUAGAAACCGGUACACAGAUACCCAGCACCAGUAUAUACUGGACACUUUUUUCGAUCCUCUCCUAGAUUCGGCUCUUGGAAACUUUCUUUGCGACAUGUUCGGCACCACUACUCCUUUUGGACAGCCAUCGAGCAGCAGCUCUUUGGGUUCCACUUCAGUAUUUGGGCAACUGAAUACUCCAGGUGCUUACGCUCCUUUUGGUUCACCAACAGGUGAAUCAAUCUUUGGUGGGAAUUCGACCCGUAUGUUUGGAGUAACUUCUUCACCUAUAGCAUCCACAACAACAUCUGGUGCUUCUUGUACUCCUGCUUUUGGGAGCUCUCCAUCGUCCUUUAGUGGAUCUUCUAUAUCUAGGCAGAACCUUGCUUUUGGAGGAAUUGGGUCAAGUUCUAAUCAGUCUAACUCAUUCAAGAAUGCAUUUCAACAAACACAACCUGCAUUUGGGAGCAAUUUUUUUGUUUCGUCUACUGCAUUUUGUCCGUCAAGUCACUCUGCGUCUGGCGAGAUAAGCAGCCCAGCAUUUGGUUCUUUGUUGAUACCGACAUUUGGUAGCACAGGCAUAGCUUUUGGGACCUCCAAUGCAUCAGCUUCUGGAUUUGGGGGUGCAUUUGGUGCUUCAAGCACCCCUGCAUUUGGUUCUUCUUGCACCUCCAUGUUUGGAACAUCAAGUACCCCUGUCUUUGGUGCAUCAGGCACUCCUGCAUUUGGUACAUUAAGCACCCCUGGAUUUAGCACAAGUCCUGCUCCAACCUUAACUUGGGGAUUUGGUACCAACGUUGCCCUUCAUACAGCAAGCACCCCAAGAUUUGGACCCAGUCCUGCUACAACCUCAACUCAGGGAUCUGGUAUUUGGUCUGACUUGGGUUUCUUUCCAGCCUUUGGCCCAUCAAAUUCAGGAACUAGAGUAGCAUCUUACACGAAAACAGCUGCAGUUGUAGAUGGCAGUAUGCAACCAGCUGGAAAAGUUGUAUCGAUUUCUGCCAUGCCCAUUUACAAAGAUAAAAACCAUGAAGAAUUGAGGUGGAAGGAUUAUCAGUUGAGCGAUAAAGGUGGCCACAAACCUGUGGGGAAAUCUACUGGUGGGAGUAGUGUUCUAACAUCCAUUACACAGCCGAAACCCUUCAGUCCUUCACCUACCUCUUGUCACUCAUCUGUGAAUCCCUUCUGUCCCUCAAUUCCUUCGAAUCCAUUUGCCCCCCCAAAACCAGUCUUUCUGUCUCCAGGAUCUAUGUUGUCUAAUAAUCCUGUAUUGAGUACAUCUGGAAAUAUUUUCUCUCCAUCCAUUCCUUCGAACCCAUUUGCCCCCUCAAAACCAGUUUUCAGUUCCCCAGGCUCUACCGUGUCUACUUCGCCUGCGUUCAGUACAUCUGGAAAUAUCUUCUCUCCAUCAAUCCCUUCAAAUCCAUUUACCCCCCCAAAACUAGUAUUUAGUUCCCCAGGCUUUACUGUUUCUACUUCUCCUUUACUCACUACUGGAAAUGUCUUCUCUCAAUCAAUCCCUUCAAAUCCAUUUGCCCCCCCAAAACCAGUAUUUAGUUCCCCAGGCUUUACUGUUUCUCCUUCUCCUGUAUCCAGUACUGGAAAUGUCUUCUCUCCAUCAACUACUUCGAAUCCCUUUACCCCACAACCACCAACCUUUAGCUUUCCGAUCUCUGGAGUGUCUACUACACCUGCAUUCAAUCCAUCUCCCUUCAACACAUUGUCCUCUGUAAACCCUUUACGGGCAGCUUCAUUAUCCAAACUUUCUACCCAUGUAACAUCAUCAGCCCUUGCUUCUGCACCCAACACUUCUCCAUCUCCUUUUUGUCCAUCCACUGGAUCAAGUCCACUAUAUCCGUAUGAUUCGUCUUCACUCGGGCAAACAAAUGCUUUGAUUGAACCAACUACUGCCACUCUCUGUAGUCAACCAAACAUGUUCAACACGCCUUCGCUGGUUUCACCAAGCAAUCUGGCUGCUUUUGGCCAUACGACUGCUUCUUCAUCCACUCCUCUACAGCCAGCGGAAACUGCUAAGACAUCAGCGGGUUUAGAUAGCUUUGUGGCUGUUACAGGAAUUGGUGAGAGAACCGACGGUGAACAGCCUGCUUCUCAGAGCACUGCCACAGUGCAGCCAGCAGCUGUUACAAGUCCUUGUGGAACCGAACCUACACUACCUGAGGUGUCAGUUGGUCACCCUGGAUUGGCACCAUCACUUCAAUAUGGAAUAUCUAGCAUACCUGUUUUGGACAAGCCUGCUUCUGUCAGAACUAAAUCGUUGCUGAUUAUCCGAACAAGACGCAGUAGGUUGGCUGCUCAGAAAUUUGACCCUAGAAGCAAUGGUCCAAAGGUGCCAUUUUUUAGUAGUGAUGAGGAAACUUUUAGCACAUCCAGGGGAAAUGCUUUAUUGGUUCCAAGGGAGAACCCAAGAGCUUUUAUUCUUCGUUCUUCAGAACAGUGGCUCCUGAGGGCUAAUGCAGAGCAAUUGCCUACGUUAAAUCAUCAAUCUUAUCAUGUGUAUGAGAAUGGAAAUAUAGGUGACAAUGGCAAAGGCGAAGCCGGUGUUAUUUUAGCCAAACUCAACCUCAAGCCUAAUGGGAUGCGUGAUGAUCAUUCCACCAAAAAGGAAGGUUCAUGCAUUGAAAUCCCCGGGUGCAGAGAUGGUCAGAAUGCAGGUAUUCAUCAGCAUGAAGCUAAUGUAGAACCAAUAGUGCCAAAGCUCCGCCACUCUGACUACUACACAGAACCUCAAAUCCAGGAAUUGGCAGCAAAGGAAAGGGCUGAACCAGGAUUCUGCAGGCGUGUGAAGGAGUUUGUGGUUGGACGACGUGGCUAUGGCAGCAUCAAGUUUUUGGGGGAGACAGAUGUGCGGCAACUUGAUAUUGAAUCCCAUGUCCAGUUUAAUAACCGCGAGGUGAUUGUGCAUAUGGAUGAGAGCAAGAAACCCCCGGUGGGGCAAGGUCUUAACAAGCCUGCGGAGGUAACUCUUCUUAACAUCAAAUGCAUUGACAAAAAGACAGGGAAACAUUACAUAGAUGGACCAAAGGUUGAUAAGUACAGACAGAUGCUAAUCAAGAAGGUGGCAGAGCAAGGUGGUGAAUUUGUUGCUUAUGAUCCAGUGGAAGGGGAGUGGAAAUUCAGAGUUCAACACUUCAGUUGAUACCACUUCAGAGACGAGAAUGAAUGUGAAACAGGUUUUGACAACGUGUUUUUUUUGCUGAUUGCUGGCCUAAAGAAGAUGGGUAGUUCGAUGACGGAAGAGUCUAAGGUUGUGCAUCCAUGGCUACGUUGAUGUCGAGGUCUAUGUGAUGGCUUUGCCAAAUCUGCAUUGUCUAUAUUUGUUUUUCUUUUUUGGGGUUCGAGUCUCUACUUGUGUAUUGGUGUCCUAUAGUUUUGUUUUGUCGGUCUGUAACUUGGUAUAUUUUCUUCAUGUUCUCUGGAUUGUUCUCAUUUGGCCUUUUCUGUUCAG